GCUCUUUUUCAAUCAUUUACUCCAAGCCCGAACCUUCUAGAAACACCAAUCCAUCCAACCCCCGCCCCAUCUCUCUCUCUCUCUAGCUCUGGUCUCCAUUUCUGGCGAGCGAUAUCCGACUUCAACGCUGUCUACUUCGUUCGACAUGCUGCUCUGCUGACUCGUUGAGAAAAUUUACUACGCAACGUUUCAAAAGACUUUAGCUUUUCAGAUUAAAGGAGCGAUUAUGGCGCCGAUGCCGGUUGAACAGACAGGUGAAUCGGCAUCCGGAGAAUCACAGAGAACUCUACCGACUCCAUUUCUUACUAAAACUUAUCAGCUCGUUGACGAUCCUUCGGUCGACGAUCUCAUCUCUUGGAACGAAGAUGGAACUACCUUCAUCGUCUGGCGCCCCGCUGAAUUCGCUAGAGAUUUGCUUCCCAAAUACUUCAAACACAACAACUUCUCCAGCUUCGUUCGACAGCUCAACACUUACGGAUUCAGAAAAGUUGUGCCCGAUCGAUGGGAAUUUGCGAACGAAUGCUUUAAGAGAGGCGAGAAAGUGCUUCUCCGAGACAUACAACGCCGGAAAAUAUCUCCGGCGGCCGCGGCCGCGGCGACGAGUGUUGCCCAGACGGUGACGGUGGCUGUGCCGCCGGCGACUCUGGCGGCGUCUCCGGUGAAUUCCGGCGACGAGCAAGUCCUCUCGUCGAAUUCAUCCCCAACCGCAACAGCAACAGCAGCACCGGUUGUACAUCGAGGUACAAUCACAAACUGCACGACCGCGCCGGAGAUUCUAGAAGAGAACGAACGGUUGAGAAAAGAGAACGCGCAACUAAAUCAAGAGGUCAACGGUUUUCGAGGUUUGUACAACAAUAUACUAUCUCUAAUGACGAACUACGGAGUUCAAGGUGGGAGAGCUCUGGAUCUGAUGCCGGAGAGAGAGAUUCCGGGGGAAUCCAACGGCGGCGCCAAGUUGGAAGAGCGAUUGUUGUUCAGCCCGCGGUUGUUCGGCGUGUCGAUCGGAGCGAAACGACUGAGACGGAGCGACGACGAAGAGGGGCAAAACAACGGCGAGGAUCAGGUGCGACAAAAACAAACAAGACCAGAUGUGAAAUCAGAGCCGUUCGAUAGAAGAAACGAGAAUCAUCAUCAGGAAGAUGAAGAAGCUCCGUGGCUGGAUAAGAUAUGAUGGAUGAUGAUGAUGAUUGAUGGACACGUGGAAUGAGAUGAUAUGGUUGGAAGAACAGUUACCAGUGAGAGCUGAACAUACGACAAUGGUGGGGGGCCACACAGAGUAACGCAAAAGACACGAGUUACGAGGAAGGUCGAGACGUGAAAAGAGGACAUGUGUCCUCCUUCUGGGCUCUUCUGGUAUUUUUUGCUUGGGCUCGAAUCUUCCAGAUCCGAAACCGGUGGAACCGUAGAGGAACCGGACCCAACCGGACAACCAACGCGAAAAAGGAUGGUUAUUUAUUGCGAUGACAUUCGAACGGUCAAGGGCUGUAUGAUGGACUUGAGAUUGAUUCUAGAAGGGUUGGCAAUUAGAUCACUUUGGACUCUCGUUCAAUGAUCACUUUUUAUUUUUGUGUACAAAUUGUAGAAGAAGGAUUAUAUUAUGUAAGAAUCAAGGAAAAGAAAAUCUUUUCGAGUAUUGUGAAACAUUUUACCCAAAGUUUAGUCGCCCAAAUUCAUUGAA